AUGAACACCGAAAAUAAUACGAAGAAACAAGAGAAGAAAGAUGCUGAGUUACCACUAUUCAGUUUUGAGAGCAUAUUAGCUGCAUCAAAUAAUUUCUCAAUUGUGAAUAAACUUGGAGAAGGAGGUUUUGGACAUGUCUACAAGAGCGCUAGAGGACAAGGAAUUGCGGUGAAGAUGCUUUCAAAAAGAUCUGGACAGGGAAUUGAAGAGUUUAGAAAUGAGACAAUACUAAUUGCAAAACUUCAGCAUAGAAAUCUUGUCAGGCUCUUAGGUUGUUGUAUCGAGCGAGAUGAAAAGAUAUUAAUAUAUGAGUACAUGCCCAAUAAAAGUUUGGACUUCUACCUUUUUAAUCAAAAUAAGAAAAAGAUGUUAGGUUGGGAGACACGCAUACAAAUUAUUGAAGGGAUCGCUCAAGGGUUUCUUUAUCUUCAUCAAUAUUCAAGGUUACGAAUCAUACAUAGAAAUCUAAAACAUAGUAACAUUCUCUUGGAUAGUGAAAUGAAUCAAAAAAUAUCAUAUUUUGGCAUGGCUCGAAUAGUUGGAGGCAAUGAAAAACAAGCAAACACAAAUCGAAUUGUUGGCACUUUUGGCUAUAUGUCUCCCGAAUAUGCUAUGGAUGGUUUGUAUUCAAUAAAGUCUGAUGUGUUUAGCUUUGGAGUAUUAGUGUUAGAAAUUGUGAGCGGCAGGAAGAACACUAGCUUCUAUAACAACGAGUCACUCAAUCUUCUUAGAUAUGUACGUAUGUAG